GCGCACAGGUGUAGUGCUAGGCUGUCUGAAAGCGUGGAGUUCAGAGUAUCCGCACCAUCGCUUGUGGAUUACCUGAUCAGCAUUCGGCGGAGCUGCCCAUCCGCAGCUAUUGGUGAGCCAAUUCUGGGGGCACAGGGCAUUCAAAGCGGGGCUUGAUAACACCUCGGUCGGCUGAUACGCAUCCGCCAGUAUGCCAAUGUGUGUGAAGUUGUACAUCUCAUUGGCAGCGAUGCUUUUGCCUUAUUCACUUAUGCCUGCCAUGGUCUGUUGUGAUGCGGGUACGGCCGCUGUUUGCAGUCCGCUCUCUGCAAGUCAAAGUAUAUGCUUAAUCCUCUCUUUGCAUCCUUUUAGUUCGCGUCUGCGCUGUGACGAACACUUGUGUGUCGAUAAGGUCACACCGCGCUCACAGCUCCUAUUAAAAGCGCAUUUCUCACAUGAUUUCGGUCUGGGAACUCGCUGGAUAGUAAAUCAGACUGUACAACGAAGCCUGUAUCGCUGGUCUGCACGGCAGGCUGUAUGUACACUCGCAAAGUCGUGGCAGGCGAGGACGGUUGCUGCCUUGUGCACUCUCAAGCCUAGGGUCCAUCAAGGAAGGCGGUGAUCUGCUGAUCCGGCCAGUGUGGAGCAGUGAUUUGGAACCUCGAACGCCAAGGCCGAAGAGCGCACAAAGGCCGCCGCACGACUAUUAUUAAUAUCGAGCC